AUGGUGAUCGUGCUGCAAGUUAUUAGCAAGUGCCUUAUAAGGCAUUACUCUGAAAUGUCUAUUGUGAGUAUAUUUUUGGAUAUUAGAAAGUGUAGCCCUGAGGACUUAUGUGUUGCCCUGGAAGAAGCAAAUGAGAUUAGGAAAGAGGAGAUGAGUGUCUCAUUUAAAGUCAUUGGGUGUGAUGAGUAUUUUGGGAAUGACGGCAUUAACCAAUCGACUCAACUCCAAUCCAUUAUGCAUACCAAAUUGACACUGUGGCAUCAUCUCAUAACGACACCCACGAUUGGUCGUUCCCUCACUAACCAGAGACGUUUGUUUUGUAGUCAAGACGCCGACUCUCUCUCUCAAGAAUCUCCAUCCAGCCUAUACCAGAUUCCCUCUAACCCCGAACGUAACCUUCCAGACAGUGAUGACGAGGACGACACGUACUCGGAUCCCACCCUAAUGGACCCGCCCGCUCUACCCCCUAAGAAAAGAGGAAGUUCCGGAGAUCGAGUUCGAUCACUGGAAGGAUCGUCGGCAGAGGAAGCAGACGAAGAGGACGACAUUCAACUAUCAGCACCGGUUGUGCCUCAAUUUUACACAGACACAGCAGAGCACAUGUGACGGCAUCGCUCGGCACCUCUUUCUUUAUGUGGAAUCGAACAGCCAUCCUUAUCUUACAUUGACAGACUCCCUAGUUUUGUAUGACUACUACGUUACUACGACAGUCUUGUACAUUAAACUUGGCCAUUGCUAGAUUUCUUGA